GUUCCCUCUUCAUUUUUCUCCGCACCUCCUUCCUCGCUAAGAAAAGCACAUUCAAGAACCGGACCCCUUCAACCGCAAAGCCCCUCCCUAGUCCGAAUCAGAUCUAACAAUUUACCCCAAACCCCAGAAAAAGAAGAAAAAAUGGCUCUAGAAUGGGUUGUGCUAGGUUACGCCGCGGGUGCUGAAGCUAUUAUGGUGCUCCUCCUAACAAUCCCGGGCCUCGACGGACUCCGCAAGGGUUUGAUCGCCGUGACACGCAACCUCCUCAAACCGUUCUUGUCGGUGGUGCCGUUUUGCCUUUUCCUUUUGAUGGAUAUAUACUGGAAAUACGAGACGCGCCCUCACUGCGAAGGCGAUUCCUGCACUCCCUCCGAACAACUUCGCCACCAGAAAUCCAUCAUGAAGAGCCAACGCAACGCGCUUCUCAUAGCCACCGCUCUUAUCUUCUACUGGCUUCUUUACUCUGUUACCAACCUUGUUGUUAAGAUCGAGCAGUUGAAUCAGCGCGUCGAGAGGCUUAAAAAUCGCGACUGAGAUAAGUGCUUAGUUUGAGAACUGUGUAUGUUGGUUUUUACGAUCUUUUGUUAAAAUUUCCUCUCUGAUGUGUCUGGAUCAUUUGGAGGAUUCAUGUGAUAAGAAUUAGAUGUUGUUACUGCUGCAUCUUUGGUUUUAAGUUUUUGAUUUGAUAAAAACUUAGGGUUCCAGAGUACAGCUAUGUUAUAAGUUUGUUUUAAUUCAAUAUCGAAAGCUGCUUUUGGAGUUGGAAUUGAACCUCUAGUAAUUUUUUUCUUCCUGCAAUUUUCAAUUAAGAGCAAGUUAGCAUUUGGCAAUGUAGCUUCCACUGAACCUUAGUUUUUUUACAAAAGGUUGGCUACAAAUUGUGACUUUUGUGGAGGAUUAUUCAUGCACUAUUUGUAGUACGAAGUUCAGUCACUGCUAGGUUAUGGAUUUACCGCCAGUUGAAACAAGUUUUCUUGCUGAGAAAUCAAGCUGAAUCUCUGGUUGAAGUUUAAAUAGGUUAUGGAUGAUUCAAGCCCCUAUUAUAUCAUCAAUGAUCUAAGAAAAGAACUCUGAUGUGGUUGUCAUUGGGCAAUUCUUAGUUGUCAUUUUCGUG